UGAACAGGAACAGAAAUUCUUUCCAAGUCAGUUCGAAUUAUAUUCGCCACCCUAGGAAUUUGCAUAUUUUUUUCAUUUGGCUUCAUGGUGCUGCCUCUGUUUGCAUACUUCAUCAGAGAGUGGAGGAUGCUGCUGCUGGCAAUUACUUUACCAGGAGUGCUGUGUGCAGCUCUCUGGUGUUCCACUAUCUUCGAUCCAAGUGAGACCACUAAGUUACAAAAAGAAAGUUCCAAGAGGCAUCAGUCGCACCACAUUUACGAUCUGGUUCGAACACAGAACAUCAGGAUCCUCACCAUCAUGUCCAUAAUCCUGUGGCUGACCAUAUCAGUGGGCUAUUUUGGACUUUCUCUUGAUACUCCUAACUUGCAUGGGAACAUCUAUUUGAACUCCUUCCUAUUGGCGGCUGUUGAAGUCCCAGCCUAUGUGCUGGCCUGGCUGUUGCUACAGCAUGUGACCCGGCGUUAUUCUAUGGCUGGUUCUCUCUUCCUCGGUGGAAGUGUCCUUCUCUUAACACCAUUGUUGCCUUCAGGUGUUAUUACCAUCUGUGAACAGAAAUAUUGGAAAUUUGGCUCAUCUAAAGAGCAGUCAUGGGACCUCUGCUCUACUAUAGGUGCCUACGACCGCCGCCUGCCUUAUAUCCUCAUGGGAAGUCUGACCAUCCUGACAGCUAUCGUCACUUUGUUCUUCCCAGAGAGCUCUGGGGCUUCUCUUCCAGACACCAUUGACGAGAUGCAAAAGGUCAAAAAAAUAAAACAAGUGGCAUCCCUAAGCAAGAAAGGGUCCCAACGAGAAUCUAAAGGGAAAAUAUCCCAAACCUAAAGGCUUUUAAGACCUGGUCCAGAAGCUGAGAAAACUGAACUGAAACCCUGCAUGUUGUCAGAAAUACUGUCAGUGACCGAGUGCUUUCUGUUCUGUUGGCCUUGUGUCUAACAAGCAUCUGUCCUGAAGAAUAACCUUCCUC